AUAGUAGAUGGUGUGGUCCAGAGUAUCAAGCUGAUCACUGAAGACGCCAGUAGAAAAAUUGCUGAGUACGCCUUUGAAUAUGCCAGGAACAACCAGCGAGCCAGCGUCACCGCCGUGCACAAGGCCAACAUUAUGUAAGUCUUGUUUCUAUACUUACUCUUCCUGUCUGUACAAUGUCUUGUUGCUCUACUGUAUUUCUAUACUUACUCUUCCUGUCUGUACAAUGUCUUGUUUCUCUACUGUAUUUCUAUACUUACUCUUCCUGUCUGUAAAAUGUAUUGUUGCUCUACUGAAAGAUGAGGCGAAUGGUGUUCUCCGCUUUCUGUCUCUAGCGUCCCCCCCUCACCCCCGGCUUAGACGAGGCUUACACACACUACAUACGCUCACACAGUCACACUUCACAUACGCUGCUGCUACUCUGUUUAUUAUCUAUCCUGAUUGACUAGUCACUUUUACCCCUACCUACAUGUACAUAUUACCUCAACUACCAACACUGCUGCUACUCUGUUUAUUAUCUAUCCUGAUUGGCUAGUCACUUUUACCCCUACCGACAUGUACAUAUUACCUCAACUACCAACACUGCUGCUACUCUGUUUAUUAUCUAUCCUGAUUGACUAGUCACUUUUACCCCUACCUACAUGUACAUAUUACCUCAACUACCAACACUGCUGCUACUCUGUUUAUUAUCUAUCCUGAUUGACUAGUCACUUUUACCCCUACCGACAUGUACAUAUUACCUCAACUACCAACUCUGCUGCUACUCUGUUUAUUAUCUAUCCUGAUUGACUAGUCACUUUUACCCCUACCGACAUGUACAAUAUUACCUCAACUACCAACUCUGGCUGCUACUACUCUGUUUAUUAUCUAUCCUGAUUGACUAGUCACUUUUACCCCUACCGACAUGUACAUAUUACCUCAACUACCUCGUACCCCUGCACAUUGACUCAGUACUGGUACUUCCUGUAUAUAGCUUUUUUAUUACCUUGUACUUCCUGUAUAUAGCCAUUUUAUUACCUGGUACUCCCUGUAUAUAGCCAUGUUAUUACCUGGUACUUCCUGUAUAUAGCCAUGUUAUUACCUGGUACUUCCUGUAUAUAGCCAUGUUAUUACCUGGUACUUCCUGUAUAUAGCCUUGUUAUUACCUGCUACUUCCUGUAUAUAGCCAUGUUAUUACCUGCUACUACUGCUACUUCUGUAUAUUGGCCUUGGUUAUUGUUUUUACUAGUUUCCUUUUUUAUUUAGCUAAUAUUUGUCUUAACUUUUAUUAACUCUGCACUGUUGGGAAUGGGCUCGUAAGGAAGCAUUUCACUGUAAAGUUUACAACUGUUUACAACUUUUUUUUUCAGUACCUCAAAAUUAUUUCAUGAGAGUAACUGGAACACUGACAUUAUUUCAAAUGCCCAUCUCUAAUAGCAAUGUUGUAGUUGAUGAGUUUGUCUCCGUCUCCUGACAGGCGAUGUCAUACGGGUUGUUCCUGAGGAAGUGGCAGAGAGGUGGCGGAGAAAUACAGGGACAUCAAGUUCACCGAGAUGUACCUGGAUACGGUCUGUCUCAAUGUAGGUACCCAGGUUCUAGACUUCUUCUCCUUGACUUACAUCGAGGCUGCAUAUCAACUGUAGUAUUAUGUACUGUAUCCAUUCUCUUGUUCUACAGAUGGUGCAGGAUCCCACUCAGUUUGAUGUGCUGGUCAUGCCCAACCUGUACGGAGACAUCCUGAGGUGAGAUGGUGUCUUGAAUAACAGGAUAUAACUAAUGGUUUUAGAAACAUGACUGCUCCACCCUCAUGGAGCUGUUUUGCCGUUUGACAAAAAAGCAAUUUGGGGCCCCCGGAGUCUUUUUGCGGGCUCUGGCAGGGCUCCCCUGCCCUCCUUGCAAAAGGGCGGGGGUAGCGUCCUGUUGUGGGUUGUUGCCCCCCUACGGCCUCCCCCACUCUCCUGAUGUACGGGGCCGUCUCCGGGUGGCCCCCUCCAUGCUCUGGACCUACGCUGACGACACAGCAAACCUCUUGCCACACUCGCAUUAUGUGCCAUCCGGAUGACUCAACCUGAGCCACUUGUGGGGUUUGAACCCCGCCACUACCCUAGAUGAAAGCACCGCCAAAAUUAAAAAGUGCCCAAAAACUCAGCCGGAAAAGCAUAGGAACUGAAAAGUGGUCUGUGGUCCCACCUGCAAACCACCCCUUUUUUGGGGGGUGUCUUGCAAAUUGCCAUAAUUCCACUGUUUUCUAUUCCAUUUGCACAACAGCAAUGUAUUGUCAAUCGGUUGUUUCCUAAGUGGACGUUUGUUUUCACAGAAGGGUUUUGAUUGGAGUUACUUUGUUUUUUAAAGGGGUUUCCCCUUUUUUUUUUUUGAGCAUGAAAUUACAGAGUGUAAAAAUGUAAAAGUUUGGAGGAAAGGCAAUACUUUUUAAAGGGAAACCCCAAAACCCCCCCCCCCCCCUCAUCCCCCCUCCCCCCCCCCAAUUUGUUUUACCCUUUUUAAAAACUAACACUCACAUUUAGAUGGUGUGGCCAAGUAUGGCUGAUUUUUGUGGUUUGUUGUUGUAAGGUUAUCCAGAGUUCAGGUGAUUUUUUGUGGUUGUGUGUAAAGUAGAUGUUGGCCCCAAAGUAUAAAGCUAUUUGUUGUUUUUUGUUUUAAAAAGGUUACCCCAAUUCAGCUGAUUUGUUUGGUUGUUGUUGUAGAUGGGUUGGUCCCGAGUAUCGGCUGAUUUUUGUUUGGUUUUGUUGUAGUGAUUUUUGUCCGAACGGAAUUUGUUGGGGUUUUUUGGAGAAGGGAGCCAAGUACCCCGGGAUUUUGUUUGUUUUGAGAAAAGGGACCAAUACAGGGCGAGGGGUUGGGUAAUAGGUAAGGUGUGUCCAAGACCCCCUAUUUUUUGGGUUUUGGUUUUAAGGGGGUGUAGCCAAGUAUCCGGCGGGAUUUGUUGGGGGGGAAGAAGUGGAACCAGAGACACUGGGGUUUGUUUGGGUAGAUGGAGGUGAAGCCAGAGGACAGGCUGAUUUUGGGGUGGUUUUGUUUUGAGAAGUUUCCCGUAUCAGGUGGAUUUUUUGUGGUUUUUUUUUGGUGUAGGGGGUCCCAAGGGGGGCAGGCUAUUUUUUGGUUGGGUUGUAGAAAGGAUGGGAGGAUAUUGUUUUUGGUUGGUUUUAAUUGAUGGGAGGAGUUCGGCGAGGGGUGUUUUUUUUGAGAGUGAGGUUUGGUCCAGGUUCAGGCUGUUUGUUUGGUUUUUUUGGAGUGAAGGGGUGAUCCAGGUUUCAGGGAUUUUUGGGUUGUUGUUUUGAAAGGUUGCCGGACGGCUGAUUUUUGGGGUUUUUUGUUAAAUUUUGUGGGGAUUUAAGGUUUUUGGGGUUUUGGGGGAUAUGUGGCCCCCAGGGAAUCACCUAAUUGUUGGGGUUGUUGUUUGUAGAAGGUUGUAGUCCAGAGAUCAGGUUUUUUUUUGGGGGUUUGUUUUGGAAUAGUGGGGCCAGGUAUAGGCUAUUUGUUUGGGUUUGGGGAGAUGAGAGUUAGCCCAAAAGGACAGGUGGUUUGGGGGGGUAGUUGGUUAGCCCCCGAUAGGUGAUUUUGGUUUUUUUGGAAUGGAUGGUGUAGUCCAACGGGAUUUUUGGGUUUUUUGAAAGAGAAGGGGAGUCCCAAUUUCAGGGCGUUUUUUGGGGUGGUUGGGUUUUUUUGUAAAUAUGGGGUCCAGAAAAAGGUGAUUUUUUGAUUUUUUUGUAAAUGAGGGUGGUCCAGGACAGGGUUUUUUGGGUGGGGUUGUUGAGAUAUAAGGGAGCCAAAUCGGCUGAUUUGUUUGGUUUUUGUGAAAAGGGAAGGGGUUUUUGCCAAUUCGGCCGAGGUUGUUUUUUGUUUAGAAGUAAAAAGGUUUCCAGAGUACAGGUUAAUUUUUGGGUUUGUUGUUUGAUAGUAGUGGGGGGGUCCAAUUUCAAGUUUUAUCCUGAAGACCCCCGUAAAAAAUUUUGAGUACCCCUUUUUGAGAACCCACGAAGGUCCCGCCGUGACAAGGCCAAUUUGAAGGUUCAAACUCUUUUUGGUAAAGUGGUUGCCAGGGGUAUUUCUUUUUCCCUUUUCCUGUCUGUACAAGCGGUUUCUACGUUUUCUAACUUACCUUCCUGUCUGUAAAAUGUCUUGUUGCUCUACUGAAAGAUGAGGCGAAUGGUGUUCUCCGCUUUCUGUCUCUAGCGUCCCCCCCCUCACCCCCGGCUUAGACGAGGCUUACACACACUACAUACGCUCACACAGUCACUCUUCACAUACGCUGCUGCUACUCUGUUUAUUAUCUAUCCUGAUUGACUAGUCACUUUUAACCCUACCGACAUGUACAUAUUACCUCAACUACCAACACUGCUGCUACUCUGUUUAUUAUCUAUCCUGAUUGACUAGUCACUUUACCCCUACCUACAUGACAUAUACCUCAACUACCAACACUGCUGCUACUCUGUUUAUUAUCUAUCCUGAUUGGCUAGUCACUUGUACCCCUACCUACAUGUACAUAUUACCUCAAACUACCAACACUGCUGCUACUCUGUUUAUUUCUAUCCUGAUUGGCUAGUCACUUUUACCCCUACCUACAGUACAUAUUACCUCAACUACCCAACACUGCUGCUACUCUGUUUAUUAUCUAUCCUGAUUGACUAGGCACUUUUACCCCUACAUACAUGUACAUAUUACCUCAACUACCAAACACUGCUGCUACUCUGUUUAUUAUCUAUCCUGAUUGGCUAGUCACUUUACCCUACCUACAUGUACAUAUUACCUCAACUACCAACAAUGCUGCUACUCUGUUUAUUAUCUAUCCUGAUUGGCUAGUCACUUUUACCCCUACCUACAUGUACAUAUUACCUCAACUACCAACACUGCUGCUACUCUGUUUAUUAUCUAUCCUGAUUGGCUAGUCACUUUUACCCCUACCUACAUGUACAUAUUACCUCAACUACCAACACUGCUGCUACUCUGUUUAUUAUCUAUCCUGAUUGACUAGUCACUUUUACCCCUACUGACAUGUACAUAUUACCUCAACUACCUCAUACCCCUGCACAUUGACUCAGUACUGGUACUCCCUGUAUAUAGCCAUGUUAUUACCUGGUACUUCCUGUAUAUAGCCAUGUUAUUACCUGGUACUCCCUGUAUAGCCAAGUUAUUACCUGGUUCUCCCUGUAUAUAGCCAUGUUAUUACCUGGUACUUCCUGUAUAUAGCCAUGUUUUUACCUGGUACUUCCUGUAUAUAUCCAUGUUAGUACCUGGUACUUCCUGUAUAUAGCCAUGUUAUUACCUGGUACUCCCCGUAUAUAGCCAUGUUAUUACCUGGUACUUCCUGUAUAUAGCCAUGUUAUUACCUGAUACUCCCUGUAUAUAGCCAUGUUAUUACCUGGUACUUCCUGUAUAUAGCCAUGUUAUUACCUGGUACUUCCUGUAUAUAGCCAUGUUAUUACCUGGUACUUCCUGUAUAUAGCCAUGUUAUUACCUGGUACUUCCUGUAUAUAGCCAUGUUAUUACCUGGUACUUCCUGUAUAUAACCAUGUUGUUACCUGGUUCUCCCUGUAUAUUGCAAUUUUAUUACCUGGUACUUCCUGUAUAUAGCCAUUUUAUUACCUGGUACUUCCUGUAUAUAGCCAUGUUAUUACCUGGUACUUCCUGUAUAAAGCCAUGUUAUUACCUGAUACUUCCUGUAUAUAGCCAUUUUAUUACCUGAUACUUCCUGUAUAUAGCCAUGUUAUUACCUGGUACUUCCUGUAUAUAGCCAUGUUAUUACCUGAUACUUCCUGUAUAUGGCCAUUUUAUUACCUGGUACUUCCUGUAUAAAGCCAUUUUAUUACCUGGUACUUCCUGUAUAUAGCCAUUUUAUUACCUUGUACUCACUGUAUAUAGCCAUGUUAUUACCUGGUACUCCCUGUAUAUAGCCAUGUUAUUACCUGGUACUCCCUGUAUAUAACCAUGUUAUUACCUGGUACUUCCUGUAUAUAGCCAUGUUAUUACCUGGUACUUCCUGUAUAUAGCCAUGUUAUUACCUGGUACUUCCUGUAUAUAGCCAUGUUAUUACCUGGUACUUCCUGUAUAUAGCCAUGUUAUUACCUGGUACUCCCUGCAUAUAGCCAUGUUAUUACCUGGUACUCCCUGUAUAUAGCCAUGUUAUUACCUGGUACUUCCUGUAUAUAGCCAUGUUAUUACAUGGAACUUCCUGUAUAUAGCCAUGUUAUUACCUGGUACUUCCUGUAUAUAGCCAUGUUAUUACCUGAUACUUCCUGUAUAUAGCCAUGUUAUUACCUGAUACUUCCUGUAUAUAGCCAUGUUAUUACCUGGUUCUCCCUGUAUAUUGCAAUUUUAUUACCUGGUACUUCCUGUAUAUAGCCAUUUUAUUACCUGGUACUUCCUGUAUAUAGCCAUGUUAUUACCUGAUACUUCCUGUAUAUAGCCAUUUUAUUACCUGGUACUUCCUUUAUAUAGCCAUGAUAUUACCUGGUACUCCCUGUAUAUAGCCAUGUUAUUACCUGGUACUUCCUGUAUAUAGCCUUGUUAUUACCUGCUACUUCCUGUAUAUAGCCAUGUUAUUACCUGCUACUUCCUGUAUAUUGCCUUGUUAUUGUUUUACUAGUUCCUUUUUUAUUUAGCUAAUAUUUGUCUUACUUUUUAACUCUGCACUAUUGGGAAUGGGCUCGUAAGGAAGCAUUUCACUGUAAAGUUUACAACUGUUUACAACUUUUUUUUCGGUACUCAAAAUUAUUUUCAUGAGAGUACUGGAACACGGACAUUAUUUCAAAUGCCCAUCUCUAAUAGCAAUGUUGUAGUUGAUGAGUUUGGCUCCGUCUCCUGACAGGCGAAUGUCAGACGGGUUGUUCCUGAGGAAGUGCAGAGAGGUGGCGGAGAAAUACAGGGACAUCAAGUUCACCGAGAUGUACCUGGAUACGGUCUGUCUCAAUGUAGGUACCCAGGUCUAGACUUCUUCUCCUUGACUUACAUCGAGGCUGCAUAUCAACUGUAGUAUUAUGUACUGUAUCCAUUCUCUUGUUCUACAGAUGGUGCAGGAUCCCACUCAGUUUGAUGUGCUGGUCAUGCCCAACCUGUACGGAGACAUCCUGAGGUGAGAUGGUGUCUUGAAUAACAGGAUAUAACUAAUGGUUUAGAAACAUGAACUGCUCCACCCACAUUCAUAACUUUGUCUUGUAUAUGGGUGUGAAACUGAUUGAUCCCUGUUCGAUCCUGGAGGAUAUUACAGUGUUUGUGUUUUUCAGUGAUCUGUGUGCUGGGCUGAUCGGAGGUCUUGGGGUGACUCCUAGUGGAAAUAUUGGUGCCAACAAUGUCGCCAUCUUUGAAUCGGUAGGUAUGAAGGUCUAAUUACUGUGGAUUUUAAAGAUUGUGUAGUUAAUGUGAAGGUAGCUUUAAUGUGAUGCUCCUGGCCCAGUUUGGCCCAUGAUACAGCACCAGACAUACCAAUCCUGGAUAUGACCAACCUUACCGCUCAGUGGCUAGUUGUAUUAACAUCCUGGAUAUGACCAACCCUACCGCUCAGUGGCUAGUUGUAUUAACAUCCUGGAUAUGACCAACCCUACCGCUCAGUGGCUAGUUGUAUUAACAUCCUGGAUAUGACCAACCCUACCGCUCAGUGGCUAGUUGUAUUAACAUCCUGGAUAUGACCAACCCUACCGCUCAGUGGCUAGUUGUAUUAACAUCCUGGAUAUGACCAACCCUACCGCUCAGUGGCUAGUUGUAUUAACAUCCUGGAUAUGACCAACCCUACCGCUCAGUGGCUAGUUUUUUAACAUCCUGGAUAUGACCAACCCUACCGCUCAGUGGCUAGUUGUAUUAACAUCCUGGAUAUGACCAACCCUACCGCUCAGUGGCUAGUUGUAUUAACAUCCUGGAUAUGACCAACCUUACCGCCUCAGUGGCUGUUGUAUUAACCAUCCUGGAUAUGACCAACCUUACCGCUCAGUGGCUAGUUGUAUUAACAUCCUGGGAUAUGACCAACCCUACCGCUCAGUGCUAGUUGUAUUAACAUCCGGAUAUGACCAACCCUACCGCUCAGUGGCUAGUUUGUAUUAACAUCCUGGAUAUGACCAACCCUACCGCUCAGUGGCUAGUUGUAUUAACAUCCUGGAUAUGACCAACCCUACCGCUCAGUGGCUAGUUGUAUUAACAUCCUGGAUAUGACCAACCCUACCGCUCAGUGGCUAGUUGUAUUAACAUCCUGGAUAUGACCAACCCUACCGCUCAGUGGCUAGUUGUAUUAACAUACAGUCAAUUGAGUACAGGCUUAACUGAAUGACAGAGAGAAUAUAAUAAGGAAUUGUUUGAAUGGUUUGGGGAAGGCCUCAUCUCAGGAAUGCUCCUCAGAGCCAGAAGCUGAUGACUGGCUACACUAUGAUGGGAUGUCUGUGUACGUCUACCCAGCCACGCAUGCCGUAAUGCUACCGAGCCUUAGACCCAGGAAGAUAUGGGCACCUGCCCAAGUCCCGGCCCAAUACUGACCUGCUGAUUGUUACGCUGAUUUGUUUAGAAGAAAUGUUACGCAUGAUGUUAAGUAGAACCCAAACACAUAUAUAAUGUAAUGAGAUUUGUCAAAUAUGAGACGGUUUGCUGCUUUAAAGACAGUCGUGCGAUGGGGAUGCAUGCCAAAGACAGUCGUGCGAUGGGGAUGCAUGCCAAAGACAGUCGUGCGAUGGGGAUGCAUGCCAAAGACAGUCGUGCGAUGGGGAUGCAUGCCAAAAGGUGUCUGACCCUGCUUUAAAGACAGUCGUGCGAUGGGGAUGCAUGCCAAAGACAGUCGUGCGAUGGGGAUGCAUGCCAAAGACAGUCGUGCGAUGGGGAUGCAUGCCAAAAGGUGUCUGACCCUGCUUUAAAGACAGUCGUGCGAUGGGGAUGCAUGCCAAAAGGUGUCUGACCCUGCUUUAAAGACAGUCGUGCGAUGGGGAUGCAUGCCAAAGACAGUCGUGCAAUGGGGAUGCAUGCCAAAGACAGUCGUGCGAUGGGGAUGCAUGCCAAAAGGUGUCUGACCCAACAGUCGGGUGUAAUAUGAAUGACCUCCACAUACAUGCGUGUCAUUGGAAACUCGCCAACUAAAUUAGCUAUUGAUUGCUACGGUAAGCAGCCAUUGCUGAGAAGAAGUCAAACUGAUUGGGCCUAACAAGUGGAGCAUAGCCCGCCACAUACAGUGAGGGAAACAAGUAUUUGAUCCCCUGCUGAUUUUGUACGUUUGCCCACUGACAAAGACAUGAUCAGUCUAUAAUUGUAAUGGUAGGUUUAUUUGAACAGUGAGAGACAGAAUAACUACAACAAAAAUCCAGAGAAAUGCAUGUAAAAAAAGUUAUGAAUUGAUUUGCAUUUUAAUGAGGGAAAUAAGUAUUUGACCCCUCUGCAAAACAUGAUUUAGUUGGCAAUCACAGAGGUCAGACGUUUCUUGUAGUUGGCCACCAGGUUUGCACACAUCUCAGGAGGGAUUUUGUCCCACUCCUCUUUGCAGAUCUUCUCCAAGUCAUUAAGGUUUCAAGGCUGACGUUUGGCAACUCGAACCUUCAGCUCCCUCCACAGAUUUUCUAUGGGAUUAAGGUCUGGAGACUGGCUAGGCCACUCCAGGACCUUAAUGUGCUUCUUCUUGAGCCACUCCUUUGUUGCCUUGGCCGUGUGUUUUGGGUCAUUGUCAUGCUGGAAUACCCAUCCACGACCCAUUUUCAAUGCCCUGGCUGAGGGAAGGAGGUUCUCACCCAAGAUUUGACAGUACAUGGCCCCGUCCAUCGUCCCUUUGAUGCGGUGAAGUUGUCCUGUCCCCUUAGCAGAAAAACACCCCCAAAGCAUAAUGUUUCCACCUCCAUGUUUGACGGUGGGGGAUGGUGUUCUUGGGGUCAUAGGCAGGAUUCCUCCUCCUCCAAACACGGCGAGUUGAGUUGAUGCCAAAGAGCUCCAUUUUGGUCUCAUCUGACCACAACACUUUCACCCAGUUCUCCUCUGAAUCAUUAAGAUGUUCAUUGGCAAACAUUAGACGGGCCUGUAUAUGUGCUUUCUUGAGCAGGGGGACCUUGCGGGCGCUGCAGGAUUUCAGUCCUUCACGGCGUAGUGUGUUACCAAUUGUUUUCUUGGUGACUAUGGUCCCAGCUGCCUUAAGAUCAUUGACAAGAUCCUCCCGUGUAGUUCUGGGCUGAUUCCUCACCGUUCUCAUGAUCAUUGCAACUCCACGAGGUGAGAUCUUGCAUGGAGCCCCAGGCCGAGGGAGAUUGACAGUUCUUUUUUGUUUCUUCUAUUUGCGAAAAAUCACACCAACUGUUGUCACCUUCUCACCAAGCUGCUUGGCGAUGGUCUUGUAGCCCAUUCCAGCCUUGUGUAGGUCUACAAUCUUGUCCCUGACAUCCUUGAAGAGCUCUUUGGUCUUGGCCAUGGUGGAGAGUUUGGAAUCUGAUUGAUUGGCUUCUGUGGACAGGUGUCUUUUAUACAGGUAACAAACUGAGAUUAGGAGCACUCGCUUUAAAAGUGUGCUCCUAAUCUCAGCUCGUUACCUGUAUAAAAGACACCUGGGAGCCAGAAAUCUUUCUUAUUGAGAGGUGGUCAAGUACUUAUUUCCCUCAUUAAAAUGCAAAUCAAUUUAUAACAUUUUUGACAUGCAUUUUUCUGGAUUUUUGUUGUUGUUAUUCUGUCUCUCACUGUUCAAAUAAACCUACCAUUAAAAUUAUAGACUGAUCAUGUCUUUGUCAGUGGGCAAACGUACAAAAUCAGCAGGGGAUCAAAUACUUUUUUCCCUCACUGGAGAGUGAUGGUGGAAUUAUACCUAAUGUAGCUGUAGUGGUCACUGCUCCAGUUCUGAGCGAAAGACCAGUGGAACAUAGAGGGGAAAGACCUUUAUAUUACUUAAGAAAGGACAGGAAGGAAACAGGUUUGAAUAGGAGGGAUGAAUAGAGAAUGAUGAGGAGCAGAGCAGGUUUGAGUGUGAAGAUAUAUUAGCACAAAGCAAGAGAAAGGACAAGUCUAAGUGUGAUCUAUCAUGAUAGUACCCCAGGAACUCCAUUUAGAAUGUUACUGUGAGCUAUCAUGAUAGUACCCCAGGAACUCCAUUUAGAAUGUUACUGUGAACUAUCAUGAUAGUACCCCAGGAACUCCAUUUAGAAUGUUAGUGCAAACUAUUUGUAUUUAUUAUGGAUAGUAUUUGUAUUUGUAUUUAUUAUGGAUCCCCAUUAGUUCCUGCCAAGGCAGCAGCUACUCUUCCUGGGGUUUAUUAUGGAUCCCCAUUAGUUCAUGCCAAGGCAGCAGCUACUCUUCCUGGGGUUUAUUAUGGAUCCCCAUUAGUUCCUGCCAAGGCAGCAGCUACUCUUCCUGGGGUUUAUUAUGGAUCCCCAUUAGUUCCUGCCAAGGCAGCAGCUACUCUUCCUGGGGUUUAUUAUGGAUCCCCAUUAGUUCCUGCCAAGGCAGCAGCUACUCUUCCUGGGGUUUAUUAUGGAUCCCCAUUAGUUCCUGCCAAGGCAGCAGCUACUCUUCCUGGGGUUUAUUAUGGAUCCCCAUUAGUUCCUGCCAAGGCAGCAGCUACUCUUCCUGGGGUUUAUUAUGGAUCCCCAUUAGUUCCUGCCAAGGCAGCAGCUACUCUUCCUGGGGUUUAUUAUGGAUCCCCAUUAGUUCCUGCCAAGGCAGCAGCUACUCUUCCUGGGGUUUAUUAUGGAUCCCCAUUAGUUCCUGCCAAGGCAGCAGCUACUCUUCCUGGGGUUUAUUAUGGAUCCCCAUUAGUUCCUGCCAAGGCAGCAGCUACUCUUCCUGGGGUUUAUUAUGGAUCCCCAUUAGUUCCUGCCAAGGCAGCAGCUAUUCUUCCUGGGGUUUAUUAUGGAUUCCCAUUAGUUCCUGCCAAGGCAGCAGCUACUCUUCCUGGGGUUUAUUAUGGAUCCCCAUUAGUUCCUGCCAAGGCAGCAGCUACUCUUCCUGGGGUUUAUUAUGGAUCCCCAUUAGUUCCUGCCAAGGCAGCAGCUACUUUUCCUGGGGUUUAUUAUGGAUCCCCAUUAGUUCCUACCAAGGCAGCAGCUACUCUUCCUGGGGUUUAUUAUGGAUCCCCAUUAGUUCCUGCCAAGGCAGCAGCUACUCUUCCUGAGGUUUAUUAUAGAUCCCCAUUAGUUCCUGCCAAGGCAGCAGCUACUCUUCCUGGGGUCCAGCUAAAUUAAGGCAGUUAUACAAUGUUAUAUAACAUUAUUACACCACUACAUAUCUACAAUACAAAAUGUAUAAUACCACCAUACAACAAUAUCACAAUGUACAGUGGCUUGCGAAAGUAUUCACCCCCUUUGGCAUUUUUCCUAUUUUGUUGCCUUACAACCUGGAAUUAAAAUUGAUUUUUUUGGGGUUUGUAUCAUUUGAUUUACACAACAUGCCUACCAUUUUGAAGAUGCAACAUAUUUUUUAUUGUGAAACAAACAAGAAAUUAGACCAAAAAAAUGCAUAGCUAUUCACCCCCCCAAAGUCAAUACUUUGUAGAGCCACCUUUUGCAGCAAUUACAGCUGCAAGUCUCUUGGGGUAUGUCUCUAUAAGCUUGGCACAUCUAGCCACUGGGAUUUUUGUCCAUUCUUCAAGGCAAAACUGCUCCAGCUCCUUCAAGUUGGAUGGGUUCCGCUGGUGUACAGCAAUCUUUAAGUCCUACCACAGAUUCUCAAUUGGAUUGAGGGCUUUGACUAGGCCAUUCCAAGACAUUUCAAUGUUUCCCCUUAAACCACUCGAGUGUUGGUUUAGCAGUAUACUUAGGGUCAUUGUCCUGCUGGAAGGUGAACCUCCGUCCCAGUCUCAAAUCUCUGGAAGACUGAAACAGGUUUCCCUCAAGAAUGUCCCUGUAUUUAGCGCCAUCCAUCAUUCCUUCAAUUCUGACCAGUUUCCCAGUCCCUGCCGAUGAAAACCAUCCCCACAGCAUGAUGCUGCCACCACCGUGCUUCACUGUGGGGAUGGUGUUUUCGGGGUGAUGAGAGGUGUUGGGUUUGCGCCAGACAUAGCGUUUUCCUUGAUGGCCAAAAAGUUCAAUUUUAGUCUCAUCUGACCAGAGUACCUUCUUCCAUAUGUUUGGGGAGUCUCCCACAUGCCUUUUGGCGAACACCAAACGUGUUUGCUUAUUUUUAUCUUUAAGCAAUGGCAUUUUUCUGGCCACUCUUCUGUAAAGCCCAGCUCUGUGGAGUGUACGGCUUAAAGUGGUCCUAUGGACAGAUACUCCAAUCUCUGCUGUGGAGCUUUGCAGCUCCUUCAGGGUUAUCUUUGGUCUCUUUGUUGCCUCUCUGAUUAAUGCCCUCCUUGGUCCGUGAGUUUUGGUGGGCGGCCCUCUCUUGGCAGGUUUGUUGUGGUGCCAUAUUCUUUCAAUUUUUUAAUAAUGGAUUUAAUGGUGCUCCGUGGGAUGUUCAAAGUUUCGGAUAUUUUUUUAUAACCCAACCCUGAUCUGUACUUCUCCACAACUCUGUCCCUGACCUGUUUGGAGAGCUCCUUGGUCUUCAUGGUGCCGCUUGCUUGGUGUUGCCCCUUGCUUAGUGGUGUUGCAAACUCUGGGCCUUUCAGAACAGGUGUAUAUAUACUGAGAUCAUGUGACAGAUCAUGUGACACUUAGAUUGCACACAGGUGGACUUUAUUUAACUAAUUGUGACAUCUGAAGGUAAUUGGUUGCACCAGAUCUUAUUUAGGGGCUUCAUAUCAAAGGGGGUGAAUACAUAUGCACAAACCACUUUUCCGUUAUUUAUUGUUUUGAAUUUUUUGAAACAAGUUUUUUUUUUUAUUUCACUUCACCAAUUUGGACUAUUUUGUGAAUGUCCAUUACAUGAAAUCCAAAUAAAAAUCAAUUUAAAUUACAGGUUGUAAUGCAACAAAAUAGGAAAAACGCCAAGGGGGAUGAAUACUUUUGCAAGGCACUGUACUAAACUAUAAUAUAAUAUAAUAUGCUAUAAUGUAACGUAAUAUAACAUCAUAUACUUUAAAAUACUAUAAUGGAAUAUACUAUAAUACAAUAUAACAUCAUAUGUUUGAAUAUACUAUAAUAUAUUAUAAUAUACUAUAAUAUACUAUAAUAUAAUGUAAUAUACUAUAAUAUAAUUGAAAAUACUAUAAUAUAACAUAAUAUGCAUUAAUAUACUAUAAUAUAUAUAUAUAUAUAUAUAUAUAUAUAUAUAUAUAUAUAUAUAUAUAUAUAUAUAUAUACACACUGUAAUAUACCAUAAUAUAAUGUAAUAUACACUAAUAUAAUAAACUAUAAUACAAUAUACCUUCAUAAUAUACUAUAAUAUAAUAUACUAUAAUAUAUUAUAACACACUAUAAUACACUAUAAUAUACUAUAGUACGUGUGUGUGUGUGUGUGUGUGUGUGUGUUUGUUCACAGUUGAAGUCGGAAGUUUACAGCAGAACGCUUAGGAGUGAGGGUAGUGAUUUAAGGUGAAAAGACCAGAUCAGAAACCCUAAAUCCAACUCCUGUAAGUCGCUCUGGAUAAAAUAUGCCAUGGAUAGUGGAAUGAGCUGAUCUAAAUGAGCAACAAUUCCUAAGCAGAAAUGCCCUCUGAAGCGCAGGCUGAAGCCUGAGGUAACAUUAUAACCACUACUAUAUAAAUACCUGCUAUCUUGAUGAGUGAGAUAGGAAGCGAUGUGAAUGAGUUUACUAGAUUUAAUGAAAAGUGACGAUCCAUUCAGACCAGCCUUACUGAUUUUAACUUUUUGUACAGUGCAUCCGGAAAGUAUUCAGACCCCUUCACUUUUUCCACAUUUUAUUACGUUAGUCUUAUUCUAAAAUGGAUUCAAUAAAUCUACACACAAUACCCCAUAAUGACAAAGCAAAAAUAGGUUUUUAGAAAUAUUUGCUAAUUUAGUAUUUAGACCCUUUUCUAUGAGACUCGAAAUUGAGAUGUUUCUACAACUUGAUUGGAGUCCACCUGUGGUAAAUUCAAUUGAUUGGACAUGAUUUGGAAAGGCACACACCUGUCUAUAUAAGAUCCCACAGUUGAAAGUGCAUGUCAGAGCAAUAACCAAGCCAUGAGGUCGAAGGAAUUGUUCGUAGAGCUCCGAGACAAGAUUGUGUCAAGGCACAGAUCUGGGGAAGGGUACAGUGGCCUCCAUCAUUCUUAAAUGGAAGAAGUUUGGAACCACCAAGACUCUUCCUAGAGCUGGCCGCCUGGCCAAACUGAGCAAUCGGGGGAGAAGGGCCUUGGUCAGGGAGGUGACCAAGAACCCGAUUGUCACUCUGACAGAGCUCCAGAGUUCCUCUGUGGAGAUGGGAGAACCUUCCCAAGCCACUCCUCAGUAAAAGGCACAUGACAGCCCGCAUGGAGUUUGCCAAAAGGCACCUAAAGAAAAUUCUCUGGUCUGAUGAAACCAAGAUUGAACUCUUUGGCCUGAAUGCCAAGCGUCACGUCUGGAGGAAACCUGGCAUCAUCCCUACGGUGAAGCAUGGUGGUGGCAGCACCAUGCUGUGGGGAUGUUUUUCAGCGGCAGGGAUUGAGCGACUAGUCAGGAUCGAGAGAAAGAUGAACGGAGCAAAGUAUAGUGAGAUCCUUGAUGAAAACCUGCUCCAGAGCGCUCAGGACCUCAGACUGGGGCGAAGGUUCACCUUCCAACAGGACAACGACCCUAAGCACACAGCCAAGACAACGCAGGAGUGGCUUCGGGACAAGUCUCUGAAUGUCCUUGAGUAGCCCAGCCAGAGCCCGGACUUGAACCCGAUCGAACAUCUCUGGAGAGACCUGAAAAUAGUUUUGCAGUGACUCUCCCCAUCCAACCUGACAGAGCUUGAGAGAAUCUGCAGAGAAGAAUGGGAGAAACUCCCCAAAUACAGGUGUGCCAAGCUUGUAGCGUCAUACCCAAGAAGACUCUAAGCUGUAAUCGCUGCCAAAGGUGCUACAACAAAGUACUGAGUAAAGGGUCUGAAUACAUAUGUAAAUGUUAUAUUUCAGUUCUUUAUUUUUAAUACAUUUGUAAAAAUUUCUAAAAACCUGUUUUUGCCUUUUUGUUAUGGGGUAUUGUGUGUGGAUUGAUGAGGGAAAAAUUUAAUCAAUUUUAGAAUAAGGCUGUAACUUAAGAAAAUGUGGACAAAGUCAAGGGGUCUGAAUCCUUUCCGAAGGCGCUGGAGAUCAUGUUAAUAUGUUGUUCCUAUAGGUCCAUGGGACGGCCCCUGAUAUAGCCGGGCUGGACAUGGCCAAUCCUACGGCUCUGCUGCUCAGCGCUGUGAUGAUGCUGCGUCACAUGGGCUUGCACGACUACGGCAAGAAGAUCGAGACCUCCUGCUUCGACACCAUCAGAGACAAGAAGGUCUGAAACCGCACUCUUAUUCUGAAAUCACUGCCUGUCUCUCUGCUAACACACUCUUAUUCUGAAAUCACUGCCUGUCUCUCUGCUAACACACUCUUAUUCUGAAAUCACUGCCUGUCUCUCUGCUAACACACUCUUAUUCUGAAGUUAUAGGGAUGUUACUGCACCCUUAUUCUGAAGUUUUUUAAUAAUGAAGUGCCUAAUCUCAUGUAUUUGUCCUAUCGCCUCAGGUUCUGACGAGAGAUCUGGGGGGGAAUUCUAAAUGUUCUGAGUUCACAGCUGAGAUCUGCCAGAGAGUACAAGACAUGGACUGA